AGUUAUUCUCUGAAACAGACAAGGGAGACGACUACAAGUCUAAGCGCCAGUCUAUAGCACGUUCUACUACGGUACAGCCGUACACAGGCGAACUGGGACGCUAAGAAGUGAGGAAGUCUACGAAACAUCCAGGCAGGACAGAGGCCAAAAACCCCUGAAAUUUCCCCUGUGGCCACUUUUAUAAAAACAGAGAAAAGAAUAGAACGUACUGGCUCUGGUUUUUACCCGAAUCCCCGGACAGCCACUCUCUGGUAUGGUACAUCUGUCUCAUCGCGAUGCCUAACCGUGGAACCCAUCGUCGCCUUUGGAACAUCGAGAGAAUGAUUCACACUGACGUUUUUUUUUUCCUGGCCUUUUUUUAUCGUAUAGCAAGGAAUGUCAUGGUAUAUGGUAGCCGCAAAAGAUGAGUUAUUAUCAUCGCUUGGGAUAGUAAGAGUGUCUGCACUGAGCAUGGUGAAUAUUCGGAAGGCAAAACAAUGCUGAAGAACAGAAGAAAUCAAGUCGCUUCAUGACUUUCCUGGCAGUCACCAGAGGGUGCUGGACUUGAGAGUACGGUAUAAGAAAAGUAUUUUGACUUAAUGGCGAGACCUAUCCUCUUGCAGUUCUUUCAGGAAAGAUUCAUGCAGAUUGGGAAGAAUGCAGCAACAAGGCCAUCAGUAGCUGAAUCAAGCAAUCAAAGGGGUUGACGACGUCCUCUUGCGGACUCAUCUACUCUUCCCUUGCACCCUUUCUUUUAUUAUCAUUUAUUCCUUUUGAGUCCAGUACAAUCAGUGGCAUCAGUAUCAGUCUCGCCAGAGGGAAGAAAAGUAGUGGAAAUUGUUGUGAUGAGUAGAGUGAAUGAAUGAUAGAAUUAAGCUCUCGGAUAUAAGCAGUAUUAAGCAGCCCUUCGAAGCGCGUCAGAUCGCGUUGAGGAACUUCCUUCCCGACUACCACCAUCAACUAACUCUUCUCCUCUGCCUGGGUUCGCUGUCUGAACAAGGUCACACCAUGGACGCUGGAGACGACUGGUCCUGCGACGCCAAUGACGCGGUUCAUAUCACCGUGGUCCAACCAGGAGAAACGAAGCCCAAGACCCUCUCCAACUUCCACCCUCAGUUCACCUAUCCGAUCUUUGGCGAUGAGGAGCGCAUAUUCGGCUACAAGGGCUUGAUAAUUCGCUUGCGCUUUGCCGCUCAUGAUCUUCGCCCACACGUCCACAUCUCCUACGACGAGAAAUUCAAGACUGUCGACGACACAGCAGCGGUGGAUUUGAACGAGACGCUGAAACUAUGGAUCCCAGAAGAAGCAUUCACCACCCUGCCCGAGUUUGAGAAAGCGGUUCAAGACGAUGAAACGGCAAAGGAUUUUGUGCCCCCGGGCAAGCCCGUCCACAGCUACACUUCUAGACAAAGGAACUAUGAGAUCUGGGCCGGGUCACUUGCUGAUCCCCGGGUACGACAUGUGUUAGAACGAGCUCAAGUCUUUGUCUCUCUCUUCAUUGAAGCCGGCACCCCGCUGGCCACAGAUGACCCAGAGUGGACUCUCGAAAGGUGGACAGUCUACUUUGUAUAUGAGAAAGUCGAUCCUCCCACGCCAACCGCCUCACAGUAUUCGAUAGUCGGCUACGCGACGACCUAUCGCUGGUGGUACUAUAAUAGGGGUCCCCUGGAAUCCUCUGCGAUUAGCAAAGAUGUCUCAUUCCCACUACCUGACGUCGCGGUUUCUGACCUUCCAGCCCGGCUCCGCAUAGCGCAGUUCCUCAUCCUCCCUCCCCACCAAGGCUCCGGCCAUGGAACUCAUUUGUACACUACCAUCCACACAAAAUGCUUCGAGGACCCGACAAUCGUGGAAUUGACAGUGGAAGACCCCAACGAAGCCUUUGAUGCCCUCCGUGAUACCGCAGAUUACCAUAUCCUGCUCCCCGAAUUCGCAAAGCACAAGGUCAACAUCAACCCUGAUCCCUACGAAGCGCAUUCCCGGAACCAGCGACCGCGUCGUGUUCCCACAGCCGAUCUUAUUCCCGUAAAACUACUCCAUGACAUCCGCACAUCCUAUAAGAUUUCCCCGACCCAAUUCUCUCAUAUCCUGGAAUUGUUCCUUCUGAGCCGCAUCCCCUUUGAGAACCGCCAGGCCGGUGGCGCAAAUAUGUCCCGUCUCCUGAUCAAGAAGUAUCGUGCCGAGGACCCUAAUGAACGCCGCUACUACUGGUGGCGGAUGCUUGUCAAGCAGCGCCUCUACAAACGCUCCCGCGAUAUCCUGAUCCAACUCGACCCCAGUGACCGUAUCCAGAAACUCGAAGAGACCGUGACGAAUGUCGAGGAGGGUUACGAAGUCCUAUUGAAGGCCUUCUCUGCUCGUCAAGAAAGCCUGAUAGCGGAGAUAACGGAUGAGAAGGAGCGGAAAAGGUCGCAGUCGGCUGCUGUUUUGGACGAGGCGAGCGAAGCUCCUAAUGGCACCCUUGGUAGAGAUCAACGGGUAAAGCGCAAGUUCACAGUCGCAGAUGAUGACGACGAGGAAGAGACGGAAGGAGAAGCUUCUAAACGGCCGAAGGUGUAGAUGGAGGCACCACAUUCCUAGCCGCUUUUUUCUUUUAUUUUUAUUUAUUUAUUUUCUUCUUCAUUUUUAGCAAACUUGGGACUAGGGAAAAUGGUUACUUUCUUUGUUUUGAGACUAGUAUUAUUGUUUAGAAUUCACAAAAACAA